AUGAUGAAGCUGGUGUCGGCGGUCGUGGCCAAGUCGAACAAGGCUGCAGCGCUGUACAACAAGAUGACGGCGGCAAAGGGUGUGGCGCUCGACCCAGACAGCCCGUAUGUCCUCCUGGGCCGCCGCUAUCCGCCGCCAGCUGAGCCUCAGCCCCACUCCCCGCCGCUGCUCCGAGUCAUCUGCUCCACGCCUUGGGUCACCUACCGCCGCGGCUUUGCCCCCAUUGAGCCCUCGCCGCAAUCAUCUGAUGUCGGCUGGGGCUGCAUGCUCCGCGUCGGUCAGAUGGCGCUCGCGCAGGCGCUUGUUCGCCUUCUUCUUGGCGACGACUGGGUUAUCCCGCCCGAAACCUUUGCUGCCCGCCUCACAGCCGCUCGCGUCUUGGACGACGCCGAGCUCGAGGCCAUCGCCGCAUCGGCCGGCCCUGCCUCUCUUGCUGCGCUUCCGGACGCAUACUACGAUAUCCUCUCAUGGUUUGCCGACGUGCCCUCGCCGGCCACUCCAUACGCCAUCCACCACUUUGCUUGGCUCGGCUGCAGGCUCGGGCUCAACAUCGGCGAGUGGUUUGCGCCGACCACCAUCGGCAACUGUAUGCGGUACCUGGUCAACGCUCACGCACCCGGUAAUCUCGCCAUGGUUGUUGCCUACGACGCCACCGUCUAUCUUCGCCGUCUUGUUGCGAGCUGCACUGCGCCAGUCGGUGAGUCUGAUCCGCUCGACGCCACCAUGUGGCUCGUCGCCCCGGGCUCGUCGCGCGCCUCCGACGGCGUUCCGGACCUGCCGCAUGUCGACCCGGCUGGCGUCUCCAGUGAUACCGCCGGCAUUGUCCGCGCCACCUCGACGACGCCGCCGAUCUCCCCGGCCGUCUCGUGCGAGGCGCUCGAUCAGGCCGCCGCCGCCGGGCCAUCAAGCCUCUAUCCCGAGAUGCCCACGCUAAGUCCAGGACUGGACUACGUCGCGAGGAGCUCCGGCUCGGCCGCGGGCUUGCCGACCACGGCUGACAACUGGCGGCCGCUACUCCUGCUGGUCCCUGUCCGCCUCGGCCUCGAGCAGCUGUCAGAGGUCUAUCACGAGCCGCUCAAAGCCGUCUUUGAGUUCCCGCAGACCGUCGGCGUGCUCGGCGGCAAGCCCAAGGGCGCGCUCUUCUUUGUUGGCGUCCAGGGCGACAAUCUCAUCUACCUCGAUCCGCACUCUGUCCAGCCGGUGGCGCAUGUCGAGCAUGGCAACCCCCAGUCGGCCUUCUCCUACCAGUGCCUCACGCCUCGCUCGAUGCCGCUGUCCAAGAUUGACCCUUCGAUGGCGCUCUGCUUUCUUUGCCGCGACCUGAACUCGCUCCAUGACCUCUUAGCUCGCCUCGAUGCUCUCAACGCCACUGCCGGUGUCUCGAUGUUCUCAGUUGUGCCCGGUGACGCGCCGGGCUAUCCGCCGGCAGCAUGCUCGUCCGCCCCGCCGCCGUCGCAAUCGCUCUCGGGUGGGAAUACCUCGUGGGAAGACGACGACUUUGAGUUUCUGUAACCUACUGUCUUUACUCGUCUGACGAUUCGAGCCCGUUGAUCAAGUUGGCGAGGUCGAUGUCCGACUCGUCGUCCGACUCGUCCUCGCCCGCUGCCGGCUUGGCAGCCGCAGCAUCGAGCUGAG